CUCUUGUGCUCGCAUCGGAUGGAGCAGGAUGAAAACCCCACUCCGUUGAUUAUUAAUUUACAGCUUUGUCACACAGCGGGUCGCAGUACAUCUGAUCGUUUUUCUAAACGGCCCGUGUCCAGCCGUAUGAAUAACGGACACUAUAUAUUUACUCCCCCCCUUUUGUCGAUGUCAGGGACUCACUAUGCAAACAGCAUGAAAUAAUUCCAUCGCACGAAGGACCUGGAGCCGGGAAAGACAACAUGAAGUUACAAAUCUCCGGUAUUCUGCUCGUAGCGGCAGUAGCCUAUGCAACAAUAGAGGCUCCUGAGGAGUUUGUCUCAUUGGCUGAAAUGGAGGACACUUUAUUGAGGAAUCUUUUUCGGGGAUAUCAGAAGUGGGUGAGACCUGUCCUUCACGCCAACGACACGAUUACUGUUCGCUUCGGUCUGAAGAUCUCACAGUUGGUGGAUGUGGAUGAAAAAAAUCAACUGAUGACCACAAAUGUCUGGUUGUGGGAGGAGUGGACAGACUACAAACUGCGCUGGAAUCCAGAAGACUAUGGGGGAAUCACAUCUAUCAGAGUACCCUCAGAAACGAUUUGGCUGCCAGAUAUUGUCCUUUAUGAAAAUGCUGAUGGCCGAUUUGAGGGAUCUCUAAUGACUAAAGCCAUUGUAAGGUUUAACGGUACCAUCAUGUGGACUCCUCCUGCCAGCUAUAAAUCCGCCUGCACCAUGGACGUCACCUUUUUCCCCUUUGACAGACAGAACUGCUCAAUGAAGUUUGGAUCAUGGACAUACGAUGGCACUAUGGUGGAUCUGACCCUUGUUGACGCUUACGUGGACCGUAAAGACUUCUUUGACAACGGCGAAUGGGAAAUACUCAAUGCCACUGGCCAAAGAGGCAGUCGACGUGACGGCAUUUACUCUUAUCCUUACCUCACAUAUUCAUUCAUCCUUAAGCGUCUCCCUCUGUUUUACACACUCUUUCUCAUCAUCCCGUGUCUCGGUUUGUCGUUUCUCACUGUGCUGGUCUUCUACCUUCCAUCAGACGAAGGGGAAAAGCUUUCCCUCUCCACUUCCGUCCUUGUGUCUCUCACUGUGUUUCUUCUCGUCAUUGAAGAGAUCAUUCCGUCUUCCUCUAAAGUCAUUCCUCUGAUUGGAGAGUAUCUACUUUUUAUCAUGAUCUUUGUCACUUUCUCGAUCAUCGUAACUGUCUUUGUCAUCAACGUUCAUCACCGUUCCUCUGCCACUUACCAUCCCAUGGCACCUUGGGUGAAGAGUCUUUUCCUCCAGAGAUUACCCAGACUGCUGUGCAUGAGAGGACACACUGACCGAUAUCAGUACCCGGACAUCGAGCUGCGGAGCCCAGAGCUCAAACGAGGGAUGAAGAAAGGGCAACAGAAGAGUGCUGGAGGAGGACGAGCUGGAGUUAAGGAGGAUGAAAACCAGGCCUGGAUUGCCCUGUUGGAGAAAGCCACCCACUCAGUGCACUACAUUUCCAGACACAUCCGGAAGGAACACUUCAUCAGAGAGGUUGUUCAGGAUUGGAAAUUUGUGGCUCAGGUGUUGGACCGGAUUUUCCUGUGGGCCUUUCUCACAGUUUCUGUGCUUGGGACCAUCCUCAUCUUCACCCCAGCUUUGCAGAUGUUUUUUAGCACAUCUUAAAACCCUUUUAAAAAUCACCUUUACCCCCAGUAACGUUCUUAUGACCCUAAGAAAUAAAUGUAGUUCCCACAAGAUUACGGUAAUCCCUCUGUAAGUCUUUUUUUGACCUAGCCACAUCUAUAAUCCCUCAAAAUUCUGGGAGGAAGCAAAACUCAGCAGAAAUGAAGUGCAGGAGUUUUAUUUUUAUUUAUUUUUGCCAAGUUGACACAUUAUUAAAUAAAGUUUGAAUAUCUCUAUAAGGCAUCUUGGUUUAGAAACCCUCAAAAAUGUGACUUUACACUUUGUAUGUCACUGUUUAACUAUGUCUCUUAGGCCUGUCAUUUUUGCUUUCGGGUUUUAUUGAUAUUUUAUUUUUAAAACUAGAACUGUGCUCACUAUCCAUGUAAUACUGUGCUGUGUAAUUAUGUUACUCAAUAGAUAGCAAACUAUUAUGGUUUUUAAUUUAUCUCUCUUUUUGAAAUAAAAAUGCUGUCUGUG